AUGGGACGUGAGGAGCAAGGAAGGACUUGGUGCAUGGACGCAGCUCAACUGGAUACGCAAAGGAAGAAGGAGGAAGCCAUCUUGAAGACCAGCUCGACCACCUACUCGACCAACCGGUCGAGUUCCUCAACUCGACCGGCCAAGCUUCAACUCGAUCGAGCUGAGAAGUCAAAGUCAAACCCGAAAAAUGUGUAUGCGAACUCGAUGGAGUCGGAUGAGAAAUUGCGUAAAGAUGUCAAAUCGUUGAAUGAGAAGUUGGAUAAGCUUAUCUUAGCUCAGUCCACAAUGAAGAAGGUCAAUUUUGUGUCUACUGAAGAGAUGGAACCAGUCCAAGAAAGGGAGGAUACACAAUUUGCUGAAGUGUGCUACAUGAGCAAUGGGCAAGGAGGUUACAACAAAGGCUACUAUAAUUACAAGUCCAACUCAGCCAUGUCAUACCGAAACACUGAUGUUGCUAACCCUCAGGACCAGGUCUAUCUUCAACAACAGCAAGCUCGAUCGAGUCAAGCCCAACAACAUGGGUAUGGUCCUAAAAACAACUACCAAGGCCCUCAAGGGACUUUUCCUAGUCAGAAAUUGCUUCAGGGGCAAGCUGAUGGUGUAGUGGACACAAGCAAAAAACAUCUACCUGGUAAGGCCAUUCAGAACCGCAAGGAACAGUGCAAGGUCAUCUUCACUCAAGAAGGUCUUGAUGAAGAAGAGGAUCAAGAGAGAGUCAUGGAAGAGUUUUGUUUGUUGUUGCAUGACGAGGAGAUUGUUGUUGAUGAGGCUCCUGGAGUCCAGUUUGAUCAAGUUGAGGUGCAAGUACCUACUGUAGCCUUUCAAACUUCACCAGUUGAGCUCGCAGAACAAGCUCGAUCGGCAGCUCGAUCGAGUCGAAAUUUAGCUCGAUCGAGUCAGACACCUUCUGUCCUCAAGCUGAUUUUGCUUGAUCCUUACCAGCCAGUUGAUACAUCAUCAGGCCGCCUACUCAUUCAAAGCCAUAAGUAA